AUAAAUGAGGUCUCGACUCUCGUGAGCAUCGCAUUGCGCAGUGUACACCCAAAGGUUGGAGAACUUUACUUGCCGUGAAGAAAGUGUUUAUUUUUCGAAGCGAGAUCUCCGUCCAAGAUGAAGUCAUUUUUGUGUCUCUUUGCUCUAGGGAUUUUUCUCCAUAUACACGAGGGACAAGCAAUGUGUGCUCCAGGCUUUGAAUCAUUCUACGUUGAAGACCUGAUGAUGGAGAUGUGCUUAAACUUCGUUACGGAUGUGAAGAGAGAUUGGCACGAAAGCAAAACCUACUGCGAGUCAUUAGGGGCCGAUCUGGCUGACUUAGAUUAUGGAGAUCUACAUUGGCAAGUCAUUAGUUACAUUCACAAACAUGAAUGGUUGUUAGACGAAGGAUUCCAUAUUGGUUGCACAGACGAAGUUACUGAAAACGAAUGGCUUUGGACGGAUGGAAGACCAGUAAGUAUGUUUACUGGUCACUGGUAUCCAGGCCAACCUGACGGAGGGUACAGUGAGAACUAUGGCUGUCUUUACUACGAUGAUUUCUUGUAUAGUUCUUGCCUCAACGGGCAGAGACUCUAUGCAAUAUGUAUGGUUUAAUGUUCUUUGGUAAAAGGCUAAGUGUACAGAGUGGGGCAAAAAUUUUGUGAAUUACGCUAAAAUACCGUCAAAGCAAAUCUUUCACCAUCUAGAGGCUUACUCUUCAAACGGAAUUACUUCCAAAGAUAAGAAGAGUAUUGGGGACAUUUAGUCCUGUUACUGAAAAUGGACACUAUAAAACGAAUCAGUGAAGAGAGUGAAAUGUAGUACCUCACGUGAAAGAUAAGAUUUUUAAAUGUUUCUCUUAAACAUCCCUGAAGAUGUAUUUUAUGCAUACUUUUAACAACUGAUCGCCCGGAGGUUGUCUAAACAUAAAAAGACGGGAAAGAUUAAACAAUAGUCGAUGGGGAAACACUUCGUUAUAUAAGAAUUAGCGGCCUUUCAUUUUAUUCACACAUGAUCGCUUGUGCAAUUAAAUAAAAGUAGUUAGUAAGUUUGAAUGAUCAA